AUGUUCAACCACGCCAUGAACUCGUACCUCCAAAUGGAAUGUCCAGUGGAUCCAAGAGUUAUACAUAAGGCUAUGAGACGUGCCAUGCGACAGAAACUACACAGUAAAUACGAAAAUGAAGAGGAGUCGACCCAGCCGUCACUCAAUGUCCCAAAUUUGGAGGUCAUGGUAGCAACACUGGGUUUCAGACGAUCAGGACUCGACAACCUUAUAAAGGACCUUAGUUCAAAUCACAACUUGACAAAACAGCGAGCCGUUCAUGCCUUACUUGAUCAGGUAGUAUAUCCAGAAAAUCUGUUAUAUCUCAUAGAAAAGAACAUGGUACAUAAACUAAUAAUCUUGAUGACGGAUAAAGAACCAAUCGUACGAGAAGAAGUUGCUGUUAUUUUCACCCGUUUAGCAAGCACUCAUAUAUGCAAGAUGAACAUCCUGGCGCAUCCAGUCUUUCUUAAUAAUAUUAUAAAUAUAAUCAUGCAUGACCGCAAGGAGAUCAGAUAUGCUGCAUCACUAUGCCUUAAAACUCUGACCAGAGACAGAUGCGCCUGUAAAAUAAUCAUGAAAAAUGACAAUGUUAUCGCGAGCCUCCUCAAAAUGAUAAAACACGACUGCAUGGAAAUAGUGAUCUACCAUUUGAAUUCGCUUAAAUAUUUAUCAAACUGGAACCCUGUCCCGCCGCUGAAAGCGGAGGCAUUUCCAGUGCUAACAAGUCUACUAGUGUUCAAUCGGACCAGAGUGGAGCAAGCUGCAAUGGAUUGCUUGGCAGUGCUCUGCAAACAUGAGAUUGGGAAGCAGCUCGCAGACUCUUAUGACUUGAACAAAUUACUGUUACAUUACAUCCAUGUACAAGACGUACAAAUGAUAAAUAGCACAUUAGGAUUGCUGCAGUAUACGACAAUCACAGUGAAGUCUAAAUGGAGAGUAAAAGAAUUUGGUUAUAAACUCGUGAAACGUCUAGUGAGGCUUACAUAUGCGCAGACCCAGCCACUGGUACAACUGCGAGCUAUGCAGGUAUUGAUGAACCUUUGCGACAAUGCCGAUAUGAGGAUUGAAGUCAAAAAUACUUGGGGUUCCUUUGCAAAGCUAGUGCACAGAGUGAAGAUAUCUCCUGACGAAGUCUUCGUAAAUACUUCAGAAAUUACUACGUUUAGUGAGGAGACCGGCCUGAACUAUGCGACUAUGAGCAUAGAACCGGUGGAUAUAAUAAAGAACGAGUAUGGUAGUGAUGUAGAAAUCGGAGAUCCAAGCAGCUAUAUUGGACGGAUUCGCAAUGCGAUGCGCAAUCUAGUAAAGGCUAUGAAUGCUACAUCCUACUAA